UCCAACCUGCAGUAGCCACAUCACUUCGCUUCUUUCCUGCGGAAGUGACAUCACGCUGUAUACUGACCAAUCCGGGCCGCGGAUGUGUUAUGCCCCGGAGUCACACACAGUGUAUGGCAGGCACUGAGACAGUGGUGGGAUGCUAGCAGCGGGGCUGAGGUGCCGGUGUCAGUGAGCGGCGGACAUGUCCGUGCUAUACGCGCUGGCCUGGCGCCUCCUGCACGUGUUGCUCGGCGUGCAGCGCGCGCUUCUCUCGUGGCUCCGGCUCUGGCACUGGCGGCUGUGGCGGGCUGCGGGCGCGCUCCUCGUGCCGGCUGAUGCUGGCUUCCACGAGCGGGGUCUGCGAGGGGACGGCUCAUGCCUUUCGCGACGACGAGAUUGUACCGGCAGUUGCGGGUGCCCGGAGCCCGCGGACAUCCCUUCCCUCCGGCAGCGCUGUGACUGCUCCUACCUGCAGCGCGAUUUCACCGCGCAUCACCGGAGAGACCGAGCCAAGCUCAACAAGCUGCCCGUGCACCUGGGGCUCCUCAUCGGCGAGGAGCAGGAGAGCUACACGGACGUGGCCAGCCUGGUGGUGUGGUGCAUGGCUCUGGGUAUCUCCUAUGUCAGCGUCUAUGACCAGCAAGGGAUCUUCAAGCAAAAUACUUCCAGACUUAUGGAUGAAGUUUUAAAACAGCAGAAGGAAUUAUUAGGUGAUGAAUGUUCAAAGUAUCCACUAGAGUAUGCAAAUGGUAGCACUGACAAAACAGAUAAAGAUUUCCGCCAUUUGUCUGUACUAAAGGUGCUAUCGCCCGAAGAUGGGAAGCCCAACAUUGUGAAAGCUGCUCAAAGUUUUUGCCAGCUCGUGGCAGAGAAACAGAAGACGCCAACAGACCUGGAUGUAGAAUUCUUUGACAAUCUAUUAAGAAGUACACAGAAUUUCCCAGACCCUGAUCUAAUAUUAAAAUUUGGUCCUGUAAACAGCACAUUAGGUUUUCUGCCAUGGCACAUACGACUUUCGGAAAUAAUUUCUUUACCAACACAUGUGAAUAUCCAAUAUGAAGACUUUUUUUUUGCUCUACGUUGCUACGCGGGCUGUGAGCAGCGUCUUGGGAAAUGACCUUUUCGGUUACACCUUUCGGACUUCAUUCAAAAAAGGACUGAACACAUGCUUACAAGCAGUCUGUUAUUGUCUCUUUGGUUCACAGUACUUACCCCAGAUUUGGUCUCCACCUAUUAUACAUCUGUUCCUAAUGUUGUCUUAAUGAUUAGAAAGUGUCAUCAGCACUCUGGAAAGCAGAAGGGAUAUAUGUGGAUACGAGCACUGUGUAAAGAUAUUGUUAAUUGAGGCAUCCACCUGCAAAUAAAGUGUUCCAUGUAAGGUGUAUCGUAAGAAAGUCUAUUAUGACUACCUAUGAAGAAUUGUUUAAGCAAGCAGUCCGUCCAGCUAUUGGAAGGUAUCGUAUGGGCUGUUGAACGGCCAAUCACGGGGAUGUUUCUUCGGCCAGCACGCACUUAAGAUGUGCAGAAUGUCAAAGGUCAUUUAUUGUCCACUGCAGUAAAAAGGACACAUGCUUUAGUUACCAAAAAUGCUUAUUAGAGAUGUAUAAUUUCAUUAAGUGUCCCAAUAAUAUGAAGUAUUUUAAAAUACUACACAUUAAAAUACAAACCAAAAAGUUAAAAUCUUUAUUUCAAAUAUAUUCUUUGUUAUGGAUCAAUCAACGUUUAAGUAGAAAUGUAAAAGAACUGAAUAGCUGUAGCACAAAAUUGCACUGGAACUAGUCAAACAACUUGAUAAGUUUAUAAUUUAUCAUACAACAGUAAUAUUUAGGAUAAAACAACUUAAAGUGGUUGCCUGGAGCUCCAAACCUCUCAACUUCUACUAUAUUAGGUUGUAGCUGCUGUUGCUUAUACAUUGUAAAACAAAGCUUUUACAAUAUUUAUGUAUACAUAGCUAUAUAUGAUUGCCACCGUGACAUUGCUUCCAUUAGGAUGGGUAAUAAAAUUUGGACAAUGAGCAGUAUUUGCAAGCUUCCCAUGCUGAAAAUACACUUGAAAUUCAUGAUUAUUUUAGUGGUGUUCUGUUUGCAGUUAUUUAUUACUUUUGUCUUAAUUUGCUAUUGGUUACCAUGUAAUCCUUUCUACCAUAUGUAUUUAAUAGAAGUGUUCCAUGUUAACAAUGUUGCUUGCAGUAGCUUCUGCUUUAGUCUAUUUGAGUAGAACUCUGCCAGAAGGGUAUACUUUUUGGUUCGUGGUUCUUUUUCUAAUGCUGUUGAUUAAGUCCAAGGAACUUCAGUCUUUAGGAACUAUGCCAACACAGAGUGACCUGUUUCAGGUUGACACAAAUGCAUUUUCCUAACUUUUACUACAUAAUUGUGCCGCACAGUGAAUAAGACUGUAAAAAAAAAAAAAAAAAAAAAAUUAAAAGUGUCUACAAUAUCAGAAAUGUCUUCGUUUUACCUAUUUACAAACCUCCACUUUUACAAAAUUAGAGAUCUCCAGUAAAAUAUACUUCCAGCAGACGGAACGUUGGACCAUCUGCUUUUUUUGUUUAGACCCACCAGGCGUAUUGUCUGCAUUCUCCAUUACUAAAGAAUACUAAUAUCAGAGAUUGCAAGCAGUGGAAAGAAUAGUGCAGACACAUGGGUACCAAGUAGAAGCCCUGCAGCUUUACUAAGUAUGUACUAGUUACUAUAGGUUAAGCCAGUUUCUCUUGUGCUUAGGGAGGCCAGUUCAGGGCUGUUUUCAAUCCCAGGAUUAGCUAUUGAAAAACUCACAAUCCCUGGAGACACGGGAUUGAGGUGAUAAAAAAAAAAAAAAAAAAUCUCAUUCCCCCGCUAAGGAAUAAAAUAACUUUAUGCCCCUCCAACCAGUCCAGAGAGUCCACUCCAAAAAGAGCAGCAGGAACAUAGGUACCACCAUUGCACUUCCGUCCCAGUUAGUCCCAACACCAAGAAGCGGUGAUGAGUGUCACACUUGGUGUCACUCGACACCCGCACCACCCAGACGCUCAGCACUGUAGUAUUCUGCGGCUGAAGAGGCAGGCUGGUAUGCUGCGCAGCGUGACCUCUCUGAAGUCACGUCGGGCAGCGUCUCAGCCAAGCGCUGCUAGUGCUCAAAACUGCUCAAUCCCAAAAAACCUAAACUGUGCAUAUGCAACCGAAUCCUGCAAAUCCCAGGAUUGGCCUCCCUAAUUUGCUCCUUUUUAAAAUGGCGUAAACUUUCUAGAACAGAACUUAAAUACAGGUGACAAUUUUGUCAUUCUGUAUUUCUAUAAUAAGACACUAAAUUAUGUAACAGGUCUCUGAACCUACAUUUCUUGUUUGCUGUAUUCUGCCUAAUACACACUUUGUGUUUUUUUAUUUUGUGGAGUAUUGGAUUCAUAUUCAUGUAGAUGGAGACUAGAGCUUGAUGGCUGUGGGAAAUCCUAUUCUAACAUAAGUUUUAUUAAAAAUGUGCACUCUACCAUUUGUGCCAAGCACUUUGUCCAUCUCUGGGGAUUUAUCUAUGAAUGUAUGUGAACCUGUUAUGUCAUUAUCUUGACAACUUCUCAAUAGCAUUUUUACAGAUGCGUCCUCUUGUGCUCUAUGUUGCUGUAAUGUUUGGCUAAAUGUAAAUUUGUACAUUUUUUUUUUUUUAUGGUUUUAAGAACCCGACCAUGAAUUUUAAUAUGGAAAAAUAUACAUUGUAUAAGAACAGAUUGUAAAUAAAGUCAUUUAAUACUA